ACAAGAUCGGAUCUUUGGUCACUAUGUAUUUUUUAAAUACAACCAUAGCUAUCCAUAAUUGGAUAAAAGAUACACGCAUUCAAUUACGUACAUUCAAUUCGUUGCAUGAAUAUCGGACUUAACUGCGCCCCGUGUAUUGGAAAGGAGUCUAAUGUGUCUGAAGUGUGACCAACUUCAUGGCGCGAUAAAUUGAAAAACACGGGUAGGAAGGUCCUCGGCUGAGAUUCGGUGGUUGUUGAGAAGUAUUUAUCACCUGCUGGGUAAUAUAUUAUGAAAGCAAUGUCCCAUCAUUACGUAGUGACGGCACAUAAACCAACGGCUGUCACUGCUUGCGUGACUGGUAAUUUCACGUCACCCACGGAUUUGAAUCUAAUAUUGGCUAAGAAUGUACGUUUGGAGAUAUAUCUCGUGACACCGGAGGGUCUGCGACCCCUGAAGGAAGUGGGGAUCUAUGGCAAGAUAGCGGUCAUAAAAUUCUUCAGACCGCCGCAUGAGAAAAAGGAUCUUCUGUUCCUGUUAACGACACGUUAUAAUGCCAUGAUUUUGGAAUGUAUUGGAGAGGGAGAAGAUAUAGAGAUUAUAACAAAAGCUCAUGGAAAUGUAGCAGAUCGUAUCGGGAAAGCUUCUGAAACUGGAAUUAAAGCUGUUAUUGAUCCAAAAGCACGAGUAAUCGGUCUUAGAUUAUAUGAUGGUCUCUUUAAAAUUAUACCUUUGGACAAAGAUAAUCCAGAAUUGAAAGCAUCUUCAAUUCGUAUGGACGAGCAACAAGUACAGGAUGUCAAUUUCCUUCAUGGAUGUGCUAACCCUACUUUAAUUUUAAUUCAUCAAGAUAUCAAUGGUAGGCAUGUAAAAACACACGAAAUUAAUUUAAGAGAUAAAGAAUUUGCUAAGAUACCAUGGAGACAGGAUAAUGUGGAGCGAGAAGCCAUGAUGGUCAUCCCUGUACCUUCCCCUAUUUGUGGCGCAAUUAUAAUAGGACAGGAGAGUAUUUUGUAUCACGACGGUACUACAUACGUUGCGGUAGUGCCAUCAAUUAUAAAGCAGAGCACUAUUACCUGCUAUGCUAAGGUAGAUAAUCAAGGACUAAGGUAUUUGUUGGGGGAUAUGGCUGGUCAUUUGUUUAUGUUAUUUCUGGAACAAGAGAAAAAGUCCGACGGAACGCAAGUAGUGAAAGAUUUGAAAGUCGAGUUGUUGGGCGAAAUAAGUAUACCAGAAUGUAUAACUUAUUUGGAUAAUGGUGUAAUAUAUGUCGGUAGUCGUAUGGGCGAUUCCCAGUUGAUUAAAUUAAUUACAAAGGCAGAUGAGAAUGGAUCCUACUGCGUACCUAUGGAGACUUUCACUAAUCUUGCACCUAUUGUUGAUAUGGCUGUAGUGGAUCUGGAAAGACAGGGUCAAGGUCAGAUGGUUACAUGUUCGGGAGCUUUCAAAGAAGGAUCCCUCAGGAUUAUUAGAAAUGGUAUAGGUAUACAAGAGCAUGCGAGUAUCGAUUUACCAGGAAUUAAAGGCAUGUGGGCUCUGAAGGUUGGUAGUAGGCAUUUCGAUAAUACAUUGGUGCUGUCGUUUGUCGGACAGACUAGGAUCUUAACUCUAAAUGGCGAAGAAGUUGAGGAAACAGACAUUCCAGGUUUCGUCGCGGAUGAGCAAACAUUUCACACAGGCAAUGUUACCAAUGAUUUGUUCAUUCAGAUAACUCCAACUUCUGUCAGAUUGAUCUCAUACGAGAGUAAAAUGGUUGUCUCCGAAUGGGAACCACAAAACAAAAGAACCAUUAGCGUAGUAGCUUGUAAUGGAACGCAGGUCCUUUGCGCUACAGGAAACGAUCUGUUCUAUAUAGAAAUUACAUGCAAUCAAAUUGUAUCCAAGGGAUUUGUUACCCUACAGCAUGAAGUGGCAUGUCUCGAUAUCUCUCCUCUGGAUGGUGUUAACGAGGCCAAGAUCGUUGCUGUCGGACUUUGGACAGAUAUAUCUGUUCGUAUCUUAACACUACCCAGUUUAGAAGAGAUCAAUAAAGAACUUCUCGGAGGCGAGAUUAUACCCAGAUCUAUUUUAAUGACUUGCUUUGAGGGUAACACGUAUUUACUUUGCGCUUUAGGCGACGGCAGUAUGUACUAUUUCACUCUACAUCGACAAACGGGUAUGCUUUCCGAUAAAAAGAAAGUCACCUUAGGAACACAGCCGACGGUUCUCAGAACCUUUCGAUCGCUCUCUACAACGAAUGUGUUCGCAUGCUCGGAUAGACCCACCGUUAUUUAUUCCUCAAAUCACAAACUCGUUUUCAGUAAUGUUAAUUUAAAGGAAGUAAAUCACAUGUGCUCCUUGAAUGCGGAAUCUUAUCCCGACAGUCUAGCAUUGGCGACAGAUAGCACUGUCACUAUUGGUACAAUUGACGAGAUUCAGAAGCUUCACAUAAGGACGGUUCCACUUGGGGAGUCGCCUAGGAGGAUUGCUUAUCAGGAAAGCUCACAGACCUUCGGUGUGAUCACCAUGCGUGUUGACGUGCAAGACAGCAGUGGAGUAGGCUUCGUAAGGCAUUCCGCAUCCACUCAGGCGACUUCUACGUCAAGUAGUAGCCACGUAGCCUCGCAUAACAAACCCAGUGGGCACACCGCCAGCGAGAUCGGUCAGGAGUUUGAGGUUCACAAUCUUUUGAUUAUCGAUCAACAUACUUUCGAAGUUUUACACGCGCACACGUUGAUGCCUACCGAGUAUGCGUUAUCGUUGAUCUCAACCAGACUGGGCGAAGAUCCGACCUCUUACUUCGUGGUCGGGACCGCGUUUAUAAAUCCCGAUGAGACUGAGCCCAAGAUGGGCAGGAUAUUGUUGUAUCAUUGGAGUGAAGGCAAAUUCAUGCAGGUUGCGGAAAAGGAGAUCAAGGGUUCGUGCUAUUCCUUGGUAGAGUUCAAUGGGAAACUUCUAGCUAGCAUCAAUAGUACCGUACGAUUGUUCGAAUGGACUGCAGAAAAGGAGCUCAGAUUAGAAUGUAGCCACUUCAAUAACAUUAUAGCGCUGUAUCUAAAGACCAAAGGCGACUUUGUUUUAGUGGGAGAUUUGAUGAGAUCUCUUACAUUGCUUCAGUACAAGACUAUGGAAGGCAGCUUUGAAGAAAUAGCCAGAGACUAUAAUCCUAAUUGGAUGACCGCUAUCGAGAUAUUAGAUGAUGAUACAUUUUUGGGUGCCGAAAAUUGCUUCAAUCUUUUUGUAUGUCAAAAAGACAGCGCUGCAACAUCCGAGGACGAGAGGCAACAAAUGCAGGAAGUAGGCCAAUUUCACUUAGGUGAUAUGGUCAAUGUUUUUCGGCAUGGUUCAUUAGUGAUGCAGAAUUUGGGAGAAUCAAGCACGCCGACUCUAGGUUGUGUAUUGUUCGGCACUGUAAGCGGCGCAAUCGGUCUCGUGACACAAAUACCAUUUGCAUUUUACGAGUUCCUGCGCAACAUGGAGGAUAAAUUAAAUAGCGUAAUAAAGAGUGUGGGUAAAAUAGAACAUAAUUUUUGGAGAAGUUUUAAUACGGAAUUGAAGAUCGAGCAAUGCGAGGGAUUCAUAGACGGUGAUCUGAUAGAAAGUUUUCUCGAUUUGAAUCACGACAAAAUGGCAGAAGUUGCGAUGGGUCUUAUGAUCGACGAUGGAAGUGGUAUGAAAAAGGAAGCGACUGUAGACGAUCUUGUAAAAAUAGUAGAGGAUCUUACAAGGAUACAUUAAAUGUUAUAUAAGUAAACAAUAUUUUAAAUCCAUGGAUUGUGUCUUUAAGAAUAUUAGAAUUCGUAUAUAUAUAAAAAGGAUUCAAAUAAUUUAAGUGGGAGUGCGUAUGUUUAUAUGAUUAGUUUUGUUAUCGUUGACAAAUAAGAAAAACGACGUAAA